GUGUGUAUAGGUGUUUGGUGGGGGGUUGAAUAAUUCAUUACCAAAGCUGUUUAUACUGUCACAAUGCAAAAUAAACACGUCCAGUGGUAGCACUUUGUGUUUUCCAAAAAACGUUGCCUUUUUAAAUUAGUUUGCAUUAAUAAUUACCAGGUAAUUAUGGCCAUUUUAUGAGGUAGGAUGAUUUCUCUGAUUCUCUGGUGUGUGGAAUGCCAGGAAUAUUGGUGAGCCUUUCUAGACAAGAAUAAUAAUUCUUAUAUUACAGUAGACUAUAAUAAUCCAUCUCCAAUGCAGUUUGGUUUAAAAACACUUACUACUUGUAGAAUUAGUGAGGGUUACAUUUAGGGGCUGAGACAGGGUCAUGUGACCAAAGCCACCAGUCACAUGAUCACCAGUAGCACUGUCUGAUGUGACCCAUAUAAUCUGUGUUUACACAUUUUAUGUACACUUUCAGAAAUAAAGGUACCUGCAGCAUUCCUUGGCAUUGGUCUGGAACCACCAAAAUUAUCACUGCUAUCCAACACUUUAUUUAUUUAUAUCGAGCAGAUAGGAACAAGCCUGAACAUCGCCAGUCCAGCACUCAAGGCGCACUCUCGUCGAUCCGGGCGGUGAUAAAAAGGACGUCCACCAGAACAGCUGGUCCGACCGACCAAAACCGAGAGAGGCGGCGUCCAGAGAUCACCAUCGUUGCAGCUGAACCCCUGGCUACAAACUCCUGGUUCCCAGGGGCAUCUGGGGCAUUUCCCCCUGCACCACCACCCCCUGCUCAGCCAUCUUGGACUGGUUCUGUUGUGGUACAUCUUCCUCCACCUUCGUACGAACAGGUCAUUAGAGAAAAAAGUCGGGAGCAGAAUACCCAGGCUUCCCCGGUCUCUUCUUCUUCAUCACCCUCCUCCUCAUUAUCAUCCUCAUCAUCCUCUUCAUCUUCUGCUCUUCGUCAUACUUCCACCAUCGCCACGCAGACCGAUCCAGAGGUUUCUGAGCUACAGAGCUGUACCAGACCCUCGAUGCGCCGUCCCCCAAAACCACCUCGUCCGCCCUUCCCACUCACUCAUAAACCUGCCGAGCCGGUACUCACACACACGCACUCUUUGAUUGAACUGGAUGAGCCUGAUCCACCCUGUUCCACACACACUCCAACACACCCUCCUAGUGGCGAGCAGUGUGGAGUUCAGACUGACUUCACUCAUGCACUGGAACCCUUGACUCCCAUCUCUCCCGACUCCUCCUACAUUACCCAUAAUUCUCAGUCACAGGACCCAGUUAAACAGGAGGUUUCAGCACGCCCCAGGCCACUCCCUCGCUCCAAAGCUUUACUGCAGUCCGUGAUUAAAGAGGAGCCUCGGGAUCAACCAAUAACAACAGAGGUCAAAGUUCAGACCUUGGUGCGCCUUAAAGACAAUGGCACAGAGAGUGUUUUUGCUGGCUUUACUGACACUCCUUCAGACAUUGCAUCCAAUAAGUAUCUCCAGGACCUGUUAGACGUCUUCGGUUGUGAGCAACAAGACCUCCAAAGCGACCAACGUGAUGACAGUGACCAAAGUGAGAAGAGCGACGAAGAGGAAAGUGUCUUUUUUAAAAGCUGCUUGGUUUCCACCGUCUCGUCUGAACCUCUGGAAACCAUAACGAGACCAGAACCACGUCCACGAACCCAGAAUCCCAAACCAGCCAUCACCGCGAAACCGUGUGACCCAACACAGAGUGUGGAGGAGAGCAAAAUUUCUUCAGAAGAACAAAAUAAGCCAUCAGUUCAUCCAGUUCCUGCUCCCAGACCCCUGGUGAAAAAAUCAUCCACGCCCCAGCAGGAGGAGAAAACCGAGCUCUGUCGACUCCGUCCACCCCCCAGACCUCCGUUAGCUGCACGUAAGUCUGGAGCUCCCACCCAGGAAGAUGGAGCUCAGCCUGCAGAAGUGCCCUUUGACCCCUCUGGAAAGAGAAGUUCAGGAGAUCAGGACUCAACUACAGCUGGGAAGCCUGUAGCAGUCCCAUCCUCCAGCAGAGGCAGGGGAAAGUGUCCAACUAAGCCCCCAUUCCCAAGGAGGCCUCCGUCCGGAAAACGCACUCCUGCACAGGAUGCUAUCAGUGCUGUAAGCAUUAGCAAAUCUGGCCCAUCACUACCACAUCAAACUAGUGAGGGUAGGCUGCUUCCUCUGCGUCCUCCUCCAGUCAAAUCGAGCAAAUCGACGGGUUCCUCCCUGACUCCUGCUACAACCAAUCAGCACUCGGGUAACAGGGGAGUCAAACGAGCACCUCCACUGCCACCGAGACCAAAGCCUGGGCAUCCUCUCUACAGAGAGUACACAAGCAAAAUCCCUCUAGGAAACGCGAAAGUAAACCCCCCUAGCAGUGAUCCUGAAGAAUCCUACCUUCAGAAAGAGAAGCUUGUUGUUGUUCUUGACGACACGAAGGGACCAACAGACACACCAGGCUUCCCAGGAGGUGUGGAAGGUCAAUGUGAGGACUCGGUGUCUGAAGAACCCAUCUCUCGGAAGAGUCUGGAUCUGAAGAAGGAGUCACUGACUGAGGAGCAGCAGCCGGAGACGAACACCAGUGUCAGGUAUAAAGCCCGCUUUGCGUUCGAUGGCGAGGACACUGAGCUGACGUUCCGUGACGGUGAUGUCAUCACGUUAACAGAAUACGUCAACGACGAGUGGGGGCGCGGCAGCUUUAAUGGACGCACGGGGCUCUUCCCUUUGAGUUUUGUCCAGCUUGUUCAGGAAAGUCCAGCAAGGAAUCCGACACCCGAGUCACCUGCAUCUGCGCUGUGCGUAGGAGAAGGGCAGACAGGCCGAGUUCUGUAUGAUUUCAAUCCCGAGUCUGAGGAUGAACUCCUUCUCAAGGUUGGGGACGUGGUGUCCUCCCUGGAGGAGGUGGAUGAGGAAUGGUUCGUAGGGGAAAUCGCCGGCCGACGUGGCAUCGUCCCAAAAACUUACAUCCAGGUGCUCUGAAACACGGUCAGGGAAACACAGAGAAGUGUUUUGUUUACGCACGGAAAGUAAAAAGCAUCGUCGUUCGUGUGUAUUCGAUGGCCUCGGUCUCCUGCUACUUAAACAAACUCCAACACAAUCAAAUGUACCUCUGUAGUAAACAUCACUCACGCACUCACUGGUUUGUCUUUUAAUAUGUUUUCAUCCUCUAGACCUGUUCUGUUCUGCGCUGCUUAUCCAUUCACUGUCAUCCCAAAGCCAAACGAUGAUACUGUAGUGUUGUGUCGGAGUUGAUUUAACUGGACUGUGAAGAGGGCCUGAGAUUUGACAGACUAACGCUAUUUGAUUUUUAAAAGCUUUUACUUUAUUACUGUUUUUUGGGUUUGUUUGUUUUUUUUGGUAAUGUGCACAGGAUACUUUUUGAUGUAGAUUAUGUCUACUGUACUGAAUGACACUGUGAACAGCGAUCUCCCACUGAAACGCCUUUCUCGCCUGGGCCUUUGCUUAAUCUGUGGGGGAAAUGACGACGUCAAGGAGCCUUAACACAAAAUAAAUCCAGAUGAAUUAUUAUAAAGAUGGUCUGUGUAAACUGAAUAUUAAAUAACAGAGACACGAGUUCAUUCGUCUUUGUCUGAGCAAAAUCUUAAAAGUUCACAUCCACAUAUCAUCACUGCUUGUUUUGUGGCUGAAAUAACCAGAAUUUCACAUGGUCAGAUUGUGAAAAUUUUUUUUUUAUUUAUUUAUUUUUUUUUUAUUGUGCUGUUUAUAGUUUAAAAAACUACACGCUUCCCUGAAAUCUUUUUGCAAUCUCAAUCAUAAAGUUUUAAAUUAUGGUUUUGUUAAACUGUCUCCUUAUACAGCAUGAUCUUUGCAGGAAUAUACUCUAGGUAUGAUUAAAAAAGUCAUGAAGUUUUGAGUAAAUAUAUUUAUGAUUUCUUAAUGUUUAGGUAUCAAAAGGUUGUAGGCAGAAAAACACAAAUUUUUUUUCCCCCCAUACUUUUUAGGCUUGUUUGACAUCCAGUGGCUGUUUUUUAAUAUCUUUUAAUAUAUUUGGUUGAUUUUCAAAUAAACAUUCCAUACCCUA